AUGUCCAUACUAAGGUCAAGUAUUAUACAAACACCAUAUCAAUGGUUUCAUUAUUAUUUCCUUUCAGAGAAACCCGCUAAUGUCAACAUUGCUGAUUUGGAAUUUUCAACAGAUAUGUCCAAAAGUAUCAACAAAUUAAAACAUCCUUGGAAAAUCAAUGAUAUUGUACACUAUUCAUUCUUAUCAUCAGUUAUUUUAUUUGUUUAUAUAAUCUUCCCUGCGCUGUUUAUCAUUAAAACUUUCAUCUUAUCAGUGUUUGUCAGUUGUUUCUUGAUCCCAUUAACAGGUCAAUUCUUUAUUCAUGCGUUACCAAUAUUUUGUUGGUUAGCAUUAUUUUUCACUUGUGGUAAAAUUCCUCAUGAAUGGAAACCUGCUAUUUCAGUUAAAUUUUUACCUGCUAUGGAAACUAUCUUAUAUGGAGAUAAUUUAUCUAAUGUUUUAGCUAGUGUAACUACUAGUAUUUUAGAUGUUUUCGCAUGGUUACCUUAUGGAAUUGUUCAUUUUAGCUCUCCAUUUAUUGUUGCUAUAUUAAUUUUCAUUUUUGGUCCUCCAACAAGUUUAAGAUCUUUUGGGUUUGCCUUUGGAUAUAUGAAUUUGUUAGGAGUUUUAACUCAAAUUGUUUUCCCAGCUGCUCCUCCUUGGUAUAAGAAUUUAUAUGGUUUGCAACCAGCUAAUUAUUCAAUGUCUGGAUCACCUGGUGGUUUAGGUAGAAUUGAUGAACUUUUAGGUGUUGAUAUGUAUACUACAGCAUUCCUGAAUUCUCCUGUUAUAUUUGGAGCUUUCCCUUCAUUACAUUCAGGUUGUGCAGUUAUGGAUGUUUUAUUCUUAUGUUGGUUAUUCCCCAAAUAUAAAUAUGUUUGGUGGUCUUAUGCUUGUUGGUUAUGGUGGUCAACUAUGUAUUUAACUCAUCAUUAUUUCAUUGAUUUGAUCGGUGGGGCUCUUUUAGCCUUUGUGGUGUUUAAUUAUACUAAAUAUAACCAUUUACCAAUAAUGUCACCAAACAAAUUUUGUCGUUGGAGUUAUAGUGAAAUUAAAUUGAUCAACAUUGAAGAAUUAAAUCCUUUGAAUUUCAAUUAUAAUGAAUUUAUCUAUAAUGAUAUCGAAUUACAUGAAAUUCCUGAAGAACCUGUUUCAUUCCCAAGUUCCUCAAAUUCAAAUUUACCUUUACCUAAUAAUUAUCCAUAUCCUUAUGAUUCAAGAUCAAGACAAGCAUCCAAGAUUUUUUUAAAUAAUCAGAUUUUAGAAGAGGAAGAAACUUCAAGUUUUGAAAAUUCGGCUACUACAUCAGUUUUCGAUGAAGUAGAACAAUUAACAACUAUCAAUUCUAAUUCUUCCGAUGAUUACAGGAAGAAAAAUUAA